CCCGAGUAUAUUGCUGAACAUAGAAUGUGAAUUGUAUCAAGAACGAAAUGCUGUCGCCUGAAAUCGCUGACGACGCUUGCUCGUGCCCUGUGACCGCAAUUUUCGUCAUGCUAGGCUGCGCAACACCAACCUAACAGGAAAAGGCCAAAACAGGCUAUUUGUUGCAUUUGGUAGUGAUUGUCAUGUCGUAAAUGUCGAUUUCAUUCACUUGUAGUCGCUAAAGCGUGCUCUUCAGUGAAAGUCCAGGGUCUCCACGCACUGUGACGAAAGCUACUCAGCCACAGUGGCGCUCUUAGUUCGGGAACGCAUGUGGGUUGCAUAGCUGCAACUCAACGCCCAGAAUCCCAAACACACCCGCCAUCGGCGACCGAGCGAACAACUUCCCUCUUCCUACAUAUCCUCCCUCGUGCACAUAUUGACUGCGUACUCUACAACACCUCGCACAUUCGCCCACCAUGGCGGCUAACCCUAAUGCCAUCAACGUCAACGACCCUAGCUUGAUCACCCUUGUGAACAAGUUGCAGGAUGUCUUCACCACAGUCGGAGUGCAAAAUCCCAUAGAUUUGCCCCAGAUCGCCGUCGUUGGAUCGCAGUCUAGCGGAAAGAGUUCAGUACUCGAAAACAUCGUCGGUCGCGAUUUCUUGCCUCGAGGCUCCGGUAUUGUUACCCGAAGACCGCUCAUUCUGCAGCUGAUCAACCGCGCCGCGCAAUCGAACGGUGUAAAGGCGGAGGAGGUCAAGACCAGCGACGCCGAGUCCAACGUCGACGAGUGGGGAGAAUUCCUGCACAUUCCCGGCCAGAAGUUCCACGACUUCAACAAGAUCAGAGAAGAGAUAAUUCGCGAGACAGAGGCAAAGACUGGACGCAAUGCGGGCAUUUCACCAGCACCUAUCAACCUGCGGAUAUACUCGCCGAAUGUCCUGACCCUCACCCUCGUUGAUUUGCCCGGUCUGACACGAGUGCCAGUUGGUGAUCAGCCAAGGGAUAUUGAGCGACAAAUUCAAGACAUGGUCUUGAAGCAGAUCAGCAAGCCCAACGCCAUCAUCCUGGCUGUCACCGCCGCGAACACCGAUUUGGCCAACUCAGAUGGUCUGAAGCUGGCGCGAGAGGUCGACCCCGAGGGUCAACGAACGAUCGGUGUCUUGACAAAGGUCGAUUUGAUGGACGAAGGAACUGACGUUGUCGACAUUCUUGCUGGACGCAUCAUCCCUCUGCGACUGGGUUACGUUCCAGUUGUGAACCGAGGGCAGAGGGAUAUUGAGAACAAGAAGGCGAUUUCCCAUGCUCUCGAGCACGAGAGGUCGUUCUUUGAAAACCACAAGGCAUACCGUAACAAGGCUGCGUACUGCGGUACACCGUACCUCGCUCGCAAGCUCAACUUGAUCCUCAUGAUGCACAUCAAGCAAACCCUCCCUGAUAUUAAGGCGCGCAUUUCCUCCUCGCUACAAAAGUAUCAGCUCGAGCUCGGUCAACUCGGAAACUCCAUGCUUGGCAACAGCUCGAAUAUCGUUCUUAACAUGAUCACAGAGUUUACGAACGAGUACAGGGGUGUCCUUGACGGUAACAACCAGGAGCUAUCUGCGACCGAGCUUUCGGGUGGAGCGCGUAUUUCCUUCGUCUACCACGAGCUGUACGCAAAUGGUGUGAAGGCGGUGGAUCCUUUCGACCAAGUCAAGGACGUCGAUAUCAGGACCGUACUCUACAACUCUUCUGGCUCGUCGCCGGCACUGUUCGUCGGUACAACGGCUUUCGAACUCAUUGUCAAGCAGCAGAUCAAGCGAUUGGAAGAUCCCAGCUUGAAGUGUGUAAGCUUAGUCUACGACGAGCUGAUCCGCAUUCUCGGCCAGCUCUUGAACAAGCCAACCUUCAGGCGUUACCCAGCACUCAAGGAGAAGCUGUACGCUGUUGUUGUUCAGUUCUUUAAGAAGGCUAUGGAGCCCACCAACAAGCUCGUUCGCGAUCUUGUUGGCAUGGAGGCCGUAUACAUCAACACUGGCCACCCUGAUUUCAUCAACGGCUCGCGCGCCAUGGCCAUUGUGCACGAGCGACACAACUCUACCAAGCCGCAACAGGUUGACCCUAAGACGGGCAAGCCUCUGCCACCCCAGGUACCUCCACGAUCGAUGUCACCGUCUCUGGGAGGCUCAGAUGAGAGCGGCGGCUUCUUCGGCUCUUUCUUCGCUAGCAAGAACAAGAAGAAGAUGGCGGCUAUGGAGCCUCCACCACCGACACUGAAGGCUUCUGGCACCCUCUCGGAGAAGGAAGCGCAAGAAGUCGAAGUCAUCAAACUCCUCAUCACAUCCUACUUCAACAUCGUCCGCCGCACAAUGAUCGACAUGGUUCCCAAGGCCAUUAUGCUAAACCUCGUUUCGUGGUCAAGGGAGAAUAUGCAGGGCGAGCUGCUCACCAACAUGUACAAGACCGACGAGCUUGAAGAGCUGCUGAAGGAGUCCGAGUACACAGUCAGGAGGCGGAAGGACUGCCAGCAGAUGGUGGAGAGUCUGACGAAGGCGCAGGAGAUUGUUAACCAGGUGCAGUAGAUGGGAAGGCUGGGUGGUUAGAUUUCUGCUACUUUCUCCGGGCUGGCAUUCUCUGUAGGGUGUUCUGGUGCUAGAUUUCUGUCGUGUAGUCAAUUGAGCGCACUUUAUAUCCACAGCAAAUAAGAAUGAAGC